UAAAGUGAGAAUCAGUGUCACUGGUUCAGUAUGUGCUUGCGGUUGGUUUGUGCGGUUCUUGUACUGGUAGCGGCUGUGGCGGGCCAGGCCAUUGAAGAGGACUCAAUAGACACUUCAAAUUUCAACAGUCGAGUUGUUGGUGGUGUUGUGUCUGAGUUAUCUGGAACCCCAUACAUAGUGUCCAUUUCAUUAAAAGGUCGCCAAAAAGACAAACAACUUUGCGCUGGUUCCAUAGUUGCAGAACAAUGGAUCGUAACUGCAGCACAUUGCCUUAAGGAUCCGCCCUACCGUUUACUCAUCACAGCCGGACUGCAUUCAAUCAAUCAAACGGAAUCGCCAAUAAUUCAACAGAGAAGGUGUGACUUCUAUCGACGUCAUGAAAACUAUUCAACAAUAUUUGGCGCAACAGGAGGAUACGAUGUCGGUGUCGCACAUAUAAGCACCCCCUUCCUAUUCAUGAAAUUCAUACAACCAAUUCCAUUGCACGAAAAAGCAGAAGUGCAGGGAAUUGCUUCCAUAUUUGGAUGGGGUAGCAUAUCAACCACAACUGAUCGGAACUACCCUCACCAACUUCAAACAGCCGAUUUGACUUUACAGGAUGUGAAAAGUUGUGAGCUAGCGCAUAAUACAAGCAUCGGAGUAGGGACCCUCUGUGCAGGUGGAGAAAAGGAUAACAGAGGAGCAUGCAUCGGAGAUUCUGGAGGACCACUGGUGCAAGGCAAUAUUCUGAUUGGUGUGGUUUCAUGGGGCCCGCCAACUUGCAAUCCAAAAGAUGGACCUUCUAUUUUCUCCAAUGUCGGAUACUACGCCCAUUGGAUUAAGAAGCAAAUCCAAAGUGAUGUCAAUGAAAAUAAUUUGUUGAAGUAAAUAAAUUGUUUUGAAGCCAA